CACAAACAAGCGCCCGUGACAUCAACAAGCAUCCCAAUUCCCUCCUCUCCCUCCUCCUACAAAGCUAAACUCCUUUCUCAUCUUUGCUUUCAAGAGACUGAUACUUGGCUUUCAAGAGAAUUCCCGCAGCAUGCGUCCUCUUCAUAAACUUAGGAAAGCCAUAUCAAACUGCUGCACUUCAGGCCAACAGGGUCCAAUGUCGCCUAUCGGGGUCCGGCUAUAUGUUCAAGAUAAAUAUGUUAUAAUUGAUAAUGGGUUGUUGCAACUUACAUUGUCGAAGCCGGAUGGGAUUGUUACUGGAAUUCAAUAUAAUGGUGUGGAUAAUGUGAUGGAGGUUCUCAACAAAGAAGACAAUAGAGGGUACUGGGAUCAUGUUUGGAGUGAACCUGGAGGCAAUAUAAUAUUUGAUAAGAUAAUAGGUACUGAUUUUAGCAUAAUAGCUGAAGAUGAUAAUCAGGUGGAGGUGUCAUUCACCCGGAUGUGGGAUCCUUCCCUAAAAGACACUACGAUUGCACCAUUAAACAUUGAAAAGAGUUUUAGGUUUGUAAUGCUCCGAGGAUCUUCAGGAUUCUACACUUACGGCAUUUAUGAGCAUUUGGAGGGUUGGCCUGAUUUUGAUAUGCCAGAGGCUCGGAUAGCAUUCAAGCUUCGAAAAGACAAGUUCCAAUAUAUGGCAUUAGCUGACGACAGACAGAGGAUCAUGCCGAUGCCUGAUGACCGUCUCCCAGGGAGGGGUAAACAAUUAGCAUAUCCAGAGGCCGUGCUUUUGGUGAAUCCAAUCAAUCCAGAGCUCAAAGGAGAGGUGGAUGACAAAUAUCAAUACUCGAUAGAGAACAAGGAUAACAAGGUACAUGGUUGGAUUUCUUUCGACCCUCCGAUAGGGUUUUGGCAAAUUACACCUAGUGAUGAGUUCAGAACUGGUGGGCCCAUCAAGCAAGAUCUUACUUCGCAUGUUGGUCCUACUACACUUGCUAUGUUUGUCAGUACACAUUAUGCCGGUGCUGACCUUGCACUACAAUUUAGAGGUGGAGAAUACUGGAAAAAGGUUUUCGGUCCAGUGUUUAUGUAUCUUAAUUCUUCUUGGAUUUUUACAGAUCCACAACUUUUGUGGGAGGAUGCAAAGAUUCAGAUGCAAAUUGAAGUAGACAGUUGGCCAUAUAAUUUUCCCUUCUCAGAGGACUACCCGACAUCCGAGCAGAGAGGUUGCGUUACUGGUAGACUACUUGUCAGUGAUAGGUAUAUAGACGAUGAAUACAUUUAUGCAGGCUAUGCAUAUGUCGGCUUGGCUUUACCAGGGGAAACCGGUUCGUGGCAAAGGGAAAGCAAGGGAUACCAGUUCUGGACAAGGGCUGAUGCUUUUGGAGAAUUCUCAAUUAGCAAUGUUCGAAUUGGAGAUUAUAAUCUGUAUGCAUGGGUUCCUGGCUUUGUUGGAGACUAUAGAUUUGAUGCAACUAUUAUGUUAACUGCAGGAUGUAUUAUCGAUUUGGGUGAUCUUAUAUAUGAGCCUCCAAGAGAUGGUCCUACUUUGUGGGAGAUAGGAGUCCCUGAUCGCUCAGCCGCUGAGUUCUUUGUUCCGGAUCCUAACCCUAACUAUGUCAACAGACUCUAUAUCAAUCAUCCUGACAGGUUUAGGCAAUAUGGACUAUGGGAGAGGUAUGCAGAUUUAUACCCAGAUGGAGAUCUUGUUUAUACUAUCGGUGAAAGUGACUAUACCAAGGACUGGUUCUUCGCUCAAGUUACACGGAAGAGUGGUCAAAGCUCAUAUCUAUCGACCACUUGGCAGAUAAGAUUCCAACUUGACCCUGUUGAUCAAAAUGGAAACUACAAGCUACGGAUUGCACUUGCAUCGGCUUCGUAUUCUGACUUACAGGUCCGCGUCAACGACCUGAAUGCAAACCCUCCUCACUUCUGGACGGGGAUAAUUGGCAAGGAUAACGCGAUUGCGAGACAUGGGAUCCAUGGUCUCUACUGGCUGUAUGAUGUUGACGUGCGGGGUUCUUGGCUCGUUGAAGGUACGAAUACCGUAUUUCUGACGCAGGCGAUGAACACAAGUCCGUUUCACGGGAUAAUGUAUGACUACAUUCGCUUAGAAGGACCUACGAACUCCGACUCAAACAGGAGGACGUGACUAUCAUCCGUGCAUCUGAAGUAUGUAACAGCUAACGUAGAGUGAAGAGCAUGAAUGUAGUGCUACUGAAUGUGAUAUGCGGUACUGAUUGCGUGUGUAUUCACCCUAACUUCAAUUCCUAAACCAAUCAUCUCUUAACCUCGCUCCGUCUUCCCUUCCAAUAUAUACCCUUCACAAGAGUCCCAA